AUGGCGACAAUUCCGAUAAACGAUAAUAUAUACAGAAACAUAUUAAUGUAUAGAAAUCGAUUAAUCUUUGCUUACUUUGUUAUAUUUCUGCUUUUUAUAACCUUUAAAGAAGUUAGUCCAAAAAUUUAUAAAAUACCGUCAAAUAUUACACCAAUUAUUGUUGAAAAUAAUAUUGAUACAUUAAAGACAAAAUCAGAUAGCUUUCGACGCAAAAAUUAUAAUAUAUUUCGCGAUGUCAACGUUGACAUCGAGGAUGACGAAGAGGAUGACAACAUCCGGCAGCAAAUAAAACGAGAGAAAAACAACAGAGAGCCAAAAAUAUGGGACCAAUGGGGUAAUUGGUCCACAUGCAGUGUCACUUGUGGAGUAGGAAAAAUCAUGAGAUGGAGGCAUUGCAUAGGCGGACGUUGUUCCUUGGGAGAGAAGAAAGCUCAAUUAAAAACUUGUACUUCUGCAGCAUGUUAGAAUAUCUUGCAAUAAACAAAAUUACUUGUAACUUGAAACAAUUUGGAUUGUUUGAAAAAUGGUAAUUAAUUAAAGAAGAAACAGUAUAACAUUACAAAUAAAAAAUAUUUCAAGUUAUAUAUAUAUAAAAAAAUGAGUUUUAGCAAGUUACACACACACACACAUACACACACACACACACACACACACACAAAAUCUUGUUAAUUAAAUAGUUGCUGUUCAGUGUCAUAAGUGACAAAAUUAUAACAUAUUGAAAUAAAAAUCUAUUAUAGAUUUAUUUAAUGUUCUUUCAAUGUCAAUUUUAUUUCUUUCCUCAUUGAUAUUACAGAUUACUUUAUACACACACACACACACACACACACAAGUUUAUAAAUACUUUUAUUAAUCUAAUAACAAGUACUUCAUAUAACAAUUUAAUCUUUAAAUAACAAUAACUCUUUUUAUGUGUAUUUUUUAUUCCCUUUGAAAAUAGUCAUCAGAUUUGUAAAUUAUGGGCGAUUUAUAUAUUGGCACUGGAGUUGAUGCAACAGAUUCCUGAGUUUUCUU